AUGCAAAUUUUUGUUAAGACCCUAACGGGUAAGACUAUCACCUUGGAGGUGGAGUCUUCCGACACCAUCGACAAUGUCAAGGCCAAGAUCCAAGACAAGGAGGGUAUCCCACCAGACCAGCAGAGAUUGAUCUUCGCUGGUAAGCAGUUGGAGGACGGCAGAACUUUGUCUGACUACAACAUCCAGAAGGAGUCCACUCUCCACUUGGUCUUGCGCUUGAGAGGUGGUGGUAAGAAGAGAAAGAAGAAGGUCUACACCACCCCAAAGAAGAUCAAGCACAAGCACAAGAAGGUCAAGCUUGCUAUCUUGGGUCUAUUCAACGUCGACGCUGAGGGUAAGGUUACCAAGUUGAGAAGAGAGUGCCCAACUGAGACCUGCGGUGCUGGUAUCUUCUUGGCUGACCACAAGACUCGUCACUACUGUGGUAAGUGCCAUGCCACCUUCAUGAAGAAGGACUAA